AUGACUGCGGAUGGGUAUGUGCACUUGAAUUCGGCGGCGUCUUCCAGUCUUUCUGUCACUUCAUCCGACAUUGUCCUGGACAAGGAGGUUGAGGCGAAGUACUCAUUGCUGGAGAGGAUCGGUCGAGGAUCCAGCGGGAAGGUAUUCCGAGCGCAAUGUAGGAAGAGUGGCGAGGAGGUGGCUUUAAAAGUGAUGAGUGCAGCAAGCAAGGAGGUGUUGAAAACUCGCCGUGAGGAGUUUGAGGUCUUGCAGCAGCUGCAGCAUCCGAACAUAGUGCAAGGCUUGGACUUCUUCGGCACAGAGCACUUUGCAGUUAUCGCAUUAAGCUACCACGCAGGCAACACACUCUACAGAGCUGUGAGAGACUCGGAAUUGGGCCACUUUCUUGAAGACACCUCGCGACAUCUCUUCCGCAUGUUGCUCUCAGCGAUUGACUACCUGCACCAGCGCCGCAUCGUGCACCGAGAUGUGAAGGCAGACAACAUCCUGGUAUCAUAUGACCUCAUGGACCUGCACUUGCUCGACUUCAACACCGCUCGCUCGCUGACCGAAGGAGGCUCCCUCACCAUGACAGGCACCAUUGACUAUUCCGCGCCAGAGGUGCUGAAUGGAGAGUCUCCAUCGGAGCGUCAUGAUGUGUGGGGCGCAGGCCUGUGUCUCCACUGGAUGCUGCUUGGCAGGCUCCCGCGGUCUGCGUCGGGCUUCCCAAGUCUAUCAGACUUUGAAGAAGCCGUCCGGACAAACCCGGUGAAGUGCGAUGGGAUCGAGUGGACCGAGACAUCCGAGGACUGCAAGAACAUCAUCAGGCUCUGCCUCAGCAUCUCUAUGCAAGACCGGCCGGCACCAAUGGUACUGCUAUGUCUCCCAUGGUUGCAGGAGGAAGAAGAUCCCCCGAAGAUGCCAAGGCAGUCGACAUUCCCGAGCUGGUCAAGUCUAGAGACUGAUGAGCCGGAUUGGGACAUGUGGCCAAGCCUUGACGCGGAAAGCGUGCAACAAACACCAGUUUGGACUUCCUUUCACCGUUCAGAGGCUGAAGGCAAACAGCAUGAUUCCGUGCUUGCUGCCUUUCACCGCCUAGAUUGCGCGAGCAGGCAGCUUUCCCCAGUAGCAAAGCCCGGUUUUUUGGAAGACGAGAGCCGAGCGCCAGCCUUGGCCGCUUUCCAGCGUUUGGAUGCGGAGAGCCGGCAGGUGACCCCAUUAAAGCUCGCUCUUCAGAAACUUCAGAGCAGGGAGCUCCCUGAGUUGGGAAACUAA